GUAGGAGGGUUUUGUAUUGAAAAACAAGUGAGGGAGUCGAGAGGAGUACCAAACCAGAACUCAAUGUUCCUUUUAUUCCUUUCGGGAUAGACAUAAAUGUUCUUGCGCAUACAUUUGUGUGACGUAAUAUCGGAAGACUGCAGUUGUAACGUGCAACCUGUAAGGUAGAGGCAUUCUGUGUAGCGGACAAGAUGUCUGCACUUGCAAUACAUGCACUUGAAACAACGCGCUAAUGUAUUUCCAGUAGAGAUGCAAUUUCGCUUUCGUUGUGUCACAGAUAUGACAUAUGUCACGGUGACUCUUUGAUUUCUCGUAGAGUUUUUGUUCUGUUCUUGUAAACCGUUUAUAGGCUACCAGCAGCAUGGAGAGCAGCUGCGAGAGGAAUGAACUGACGGAUGAUAAAAAUAAAGAGGGUUGUUUUGAAAGGACAUGUUUAACUCUAACUGUAGACGAUGUUUACGAAAUAGCCAAACUGAUUGGUUCCGAAGUGGAAAAACUUAUUGACGGUUACGGUAAAGAGAGCGCUCUCGGACUAGUGCCUAAAAUAGUUAAAGUCCUCGAGCUUUUAGAGAGCUAUGCCUUACGAAAUAAUUCCCUCAAAUCAAAGGAAGAGGAAUUAUACAAAGCAUUCGAAACAUUACAGGUACAGCAACAGAAAAAAAGAGUUUUAAAAGAAAACGAAGAUUGCAACAAGAAUGAAAUACGGGAGGUGCGACAGGAGGAGGAGCAGUGGAGGAGGAGGUGUGAGGAGCUGCAGGCCCAGGUGCUCCAGCUACAGGGAGACAACCAGGAGUUGCAGAGCCAUCUGAAGGGCAACCAUGCGCAGGAAGACCGCGUUCAGCGGCAGGAACGGGAGGUGAUGCUGAAACUGAAGGAGGUGGUGGACAAGCAGAGAGAUGAGCUGAGGGCCAAACAACAGGAAAUCACCAGUGUGUCCAAAGAGGUAGAAGCGCUCCAGGAGCAGUUGGAGCGCUUCAUGAAGAUGAACAGCGAGCUGAGACACAAGCAGACCAUAGUGCAGGCGCAGGUGAAGAGCGCCGUGGAAAGGAAGGCCGACAUGGAGGCAGACCUGAGGGAGAAACAGAAAGAGAUAGAACGCCUCAGUUCCCAACUGGAGAAGGCCCACUCGCUCAGCGCUGCUGGCACGGGCAGUCCAUCUACGACACAGCUGGAUCUGACGGACAAGAUGAUCAUUGACAUGAAGGAUCCAAACAGGCCCUGUUUCACCAAGCAGGAGGUCAGGGAGAUUCUGUCUGAGAGGAAUGAGCUCAAGGCCAACCUCUUCCUGGUCCAGGAAGAACUUGCCUACUACCAGAGGGAGAUUUUAAAUGAUGAAAGGUGCCCGGGCUUCUUGUUGGAUGCAAUGCGGUCUGCCAUUAAGAAGCAGAGAACAGUUAUUAAGGCCAAGAUGCUGGGUGUUCCAGUGGACGACUGCAGCAGCGAUGAGGAGGAUAAGGGCCCACUGUUUGAGAGGGGAGAAGCCCGGACAGAGACAGAUGGCGCUGAGGAGAAACCUGCAGAGUCUCGCAUAAGAAACCUCUUUGGCUUCCUGACUCGCUCAGGCAGCAGCCGCAGCCCCUCCCACCAGACCGCCACAAGCUCCUCCUGGGAAAUCAUCGUCCCCGAGGACGCCGAGACAGAGCCCAGACAAUCGCCCUGACCCCCCCGCCCUCCUCAACAUACCCUUCUUGAUGUACAUUUGUCUUCCUGACCAUUUUACCUUUGCCCUCUAGUGUACCCACAGUGCUAUUUGUCAGCUGUAGCACAUUAUCAUGUGUGGUACAUGUUGUUUUUUUUGUUGCAAAACCAACACAGUAUACAGCAUGAAUUGCGGGUCUUGCAAAAUUGAAUGCCCGGAGUGAACACCUAAAGGUGUUCCCACUUUCUAGUUGUACCCCUUUUGUUUUUGUUUUUUUGAUGUUCCCCUCUUCAAAUGUGUUUAUGUUUUCUCUGUCCUCCUCUCUUCCUUGGGUUUUCUCUGGAAUGGUUUUGAAAAGUUAUACUCUCCAUCAAUUUCUUGCAUUGGUGUCAACUGUGUUGUACAGGAUUGAUAAGGAUCUUUCGAUAUAGAAAAGUAUGGUACAUGCCAUAUAAAUCCACAAAGAAAUGUGGAAGUAUUAUAUUUUAUAAUGGUAUUUAUAGGUGUUUUAACAAUGAUCAUUAACCAAAGUUGAUACCAUGAUGUAUUCUUUCCCCACAGAAAUUAUUAUUAACUGUAGGUAUACUUCUGUGCCACAAGAGGGCAUUUAUGAGCUCAAACUGUUAAUAAUCAUGUAUUUACCUUAUGAUAAAGGUAAUUUCCUUUGAAAUAUCAACUCAGUUGUGUUCAGCAUGACUUGGUUUCAGCAAGAC